AUGAGUGUGGAUCCAGCAUGUUCCCACAGUUCCUGUUCUGAAGAACCAUCAGAUCCUGAGGACAUGUCACCAAUGCCUGUGAUUUAUGGGUCUGAGGAAAAUUACUUCUCCUUACAAAUAUCUUCUACUGAGAUGCAUCACACAGAAACUGCCUCUCUUCCUUCCUCUGUGGACCUACCUGUUCAGGACAGCCCGGAUUCUUCCACCAGCCCCAAACUGGAACUUCCUGGUUCUAGCUCUGAGGAGGGCAUGGGAAAGAGAGGAGAGAGUAAGAUCCAAGUCAAGAAGCAGAAGGUGAGGACUGUGUUCUCACAGGCUCAGCUGUGCGUACUCAACCAGAGGUUUCAGAAACAGAAGUACCUCAGCCUACAGCAGAUGCAAGAACUUUCCAGCAGUCUGGACCUUAGCUACAAACAGGUUAAAACCUGGUUCCAAAAUCAACGAAUGAAAUAUAAGCGAUGGCAGAAAAACAACUGGUCAAAGACUAGCCAUAGUGUGACUCAGGGCUCAACAUGUAUAGAAUAUCCAGGCCUCCAUUCCAGCUGUCUCCCAGGGUUCCUGGUGAACCCAUCUGGAAACCUUCCAGUGUGGAGCAACCAGACCUGGAACAACCCAGCUUGGAGCGGCCAGAACUGGAGCAGCCAUUCCUGGAGCACUCCGGCCUGGCACUCCCCCGUGUGGAGCAGUCAGCCCUGGGGUGCUCCGUUCCAUAACUCGGGAGAAGACUCUCUGCAGCCCUACGUGCAGUUCCAGCAGCAUUUCUCUGGAAAUGAUUUAGAGGCCAGUUUGGAAACUGUUGGGGAAAACUCUAAGUAUCUUAAUACUCCGCAAGCUUUGGACGUCCUGAACUACUCUGUGAACAUGCCUCCUGAUGGCAUGUGA